UUUCACAGCCUAUUUUUGUAGACUACAAAAGUGCAAUGUCCGAAAACAUGGUCCUGUCUCUCAUCGCUAGCGCUGCGCGUGCGACGAAGAGAAGCUAGCUCGGCCGAUGAAUGCCUGCAUUUUGUGAAGUCGUGGGGUAGGACGCUGGGCUGGCACAAGCAUGCCGCUGAAUCCUGAGUGGAUGGUGAUUUAGUGCAAAUGCAGCUCACAGCCGGGGCCAGGACACCACUACUGCUCUGGAUUUGCGACGGGCAGCUACUAAGUGCGUCGUUGUGGUGUCGGUGCAGCGCCCUCCACUCGAACGGCCGUCGGGAUGGAUGAUGAAGAGCGACGGCCUAUUCGCGUGCUGGACUUGCAUCAGCUCUGUCGUGAUGGCAAUGUGGCGGCUCUGCAGCGAGAGCUGCGCGCUGGCCAUGACCUGGAGGAUCGCUUGAAGGCACGGCAGGGAAAGCUGGCGCUCAACCCCCUCCACCUGGCUGCGGAUUUGGGCCAGGUGGACGUGCUACGUUUGCUACUGGAUUACGAUAACUGGGGAACGAUCAACUCCCGCACUGCUGAUGGCAGCACGCCAUUGCACUUGGCUGUGCAGCAUGCUCAUCUGUCCUGUGUUAGACUGCUGCUUUGGUACGGGGCACGUUCGGACGUUGCCGAUCGCGACCAGCUAACGGCACGAGGUCGUGCGUUGCGUGAGCUACCGAAGGCAAGCAAGUCGGCCGUGUGCCGGCUUCUAGUUAGCCGAGAACUAUCACAGCUAGCGCUGAAGCAACCAUCACAAGUCGUCAGUCUCUUGCAGCAGAUACCAUCGUCUGACCUGACCGUUGCCGACGUCGAACUGGCACUGUUCAAUGCGUGUCGCAGGGGUCACAUCGAGGCUGUCAGUCGCCUACUGCUCAAGAAGCGCAUCUCGGUGGAGCGGCUCAAUCACGCCGUGACGCUGGCGGCACAGCGCGAGCAUCUUGUCGUCGUGGCGAUGCUGAUGAUCUGCCGAGCGUCGGUGGACGGUCGCGUGGACAUGGUGCGCUUUCUGUACGGCGAGCGCGACGCCGCCUUGAUGCAGGACCCGCCCGAGUGGUAUGUGCGUGAGGCUCACGUCCCUGAAAUCAUUAACGCCGUACAGACGCACGUGCCAAUCAGUCUGGCCCUGGAGCGCAAGAGAGAUAAGGUCGCCCAUGAGCUUCUCCUUCGUUCUGACAUUGACCGCCACAGUGGCAUCGUCAACUGGUAUGGCAUCGGCUUGCCUCGGCUAGAGCCUCUAUGGUUGUCAUCAAUAGCCUCCUGGUGCACGCGUCUCUAUCUCUACUCCAACAAGCUGGUAUCAUUGCCGUACGCCCUGUUUGACAUCAAUGCUCUUCAGAUGCUUGACCUGUCCGGCAAUCACCUGGAAGCUCUUCCCGUGGCUCUUCUGCGCAUGCCCAACCUGGCCAAGCUAUGGGUGAAUCACAAUCACCUCAAGAACCUGCCCGAAUUCAACCAGUGGUCGCCGAGCCUGCGGAUUCUUGACCUGUCGCACAAUCACCUGACGUCGCUGCCUGACGGUAUCCGCAGUUCUCGUGUCGAGCAGCUCAAGCUGGGUAACAAUGACUUCGUCACGUUGCCGUCGGUCAUCGGGCGACUCCGCUGCCUGACCAGCCUGGAUCUGCGCGGCCUGAGUCGUGUCAAAGCGCUGCCGAAAUCUUUCGGCUUGCUUCAGAAGCUGCAGUUCCUGGACGUGUCUGGCACGUCGUUCAACAACAUCCCGCCCGCGGCCAGAAACGACCCGCAUGCCGUCGUGGCACACAUGCGUCAGAAGCUGCGCGACUGCAGCCCGGCAUAUCGUAUGAAACUGGUCGUGCUCGGGGACUCACAGACCGGCAAGAGCAGUGUUGUAGCGUCACUGCGCGGUGACAAGACGUCCAUGGGAAAACGCUACGAGAACGAGGCUGAGCUGCGUAUAUGCAGCAUCAAGGUGCCCGGCAGUGGAUGGCGCAAGCCAAAGUACAUGUUCUCCGUCUGGGACUUCAGCGGCUUUGAGGAGUUCCGCAGCAUGCACCACUGUCUCCUAUCUGCCCAUGCCAUGCACUUGCUGGUGUGGAGGGUGACGGAUGGCGUGGAGGGAAUCCACCGACUGCGCUUCUGGCUGGAUAACAUCGUCACGUACUCUCCCAACUCUCCCGUACUGGUUGUGGCCACGUUCACGGACAAGCUGACAGCGGAGCAGGUGAACUCUGGCUACGUGGUGUCGAUGCGCGAGAGCUUGGCACGACUCAUCACACGGCAGCCGGGCUACCAGUGUCUGCAGUUUCACGGCAUGGUCGAGACCAGCCUGAACGCAGAGCACGUGCCCGCACUGCGCCAAGCAAUCUACCGUGCGGCCACCUCGGUGCAAGUGAACGGCAAGCAGCUGAUGGGAAUGCCGGUACCGUACAGCUACUCGGCGCUAGCAGAGCACAUGGAACGUGUCCGCAACGAUCGCAAGGUCAUCUUCCAAUGCCCCAUCCUGGACAAGGAGGACAUGUGGAAGCUGGUGACCAAGCAGAUUGAUAACCAUGACAUCAACACCGAAGAGGAUCUCAUGGAAGCUAUCCGCUAUCUGCACCUCACCGGCGUCAUACUGCACUACGAGGUUCCUAACGGAGGUCUGGAUCACUUGGUAUUUGUCGAUCCUCACUGGCUGUAUGCCAUGCUGGCACGCCUGGUCAUGGCGCGCAACCGCGAUGCGUUUCAGAAGACGGGCUUUCUCAUGCUGAGCGACCUGGAGCCCAUCUACGCAUGCCACCGAUUCCCAAUGCAGUUCCACCGUGCCUUUCUGCACCUGCUGAAUCGCUUCGGCGUGGCCACCAUCUGGGAUGACACGUUCUUCUUCGUCAAGAACAUGCUGGAAGACAUGCCGAUGCGUGAUCUGGAGCGUUACCUACCGGCCAACCACAAGGUGGCGUGUUUCGUUCGCCUCUACUACAUGAAUGUUGUUCCUAUCAGCUUUGAAAGCCGCCUGCUCACGCGCAUUCUCCUGUUGCUGCGCAGCUGGCUAAUCAUGUGUGAUGUGGCCAAUACUGAUGCCAACCUCAGCAUCACAGGCCUGGGCAGAAGCAGGACCGACGCCGGCAGUUCUGACAACGGUUGGGAGUAUCAAGCACCGGAGAACACCGCCACCGCCGAUACUGCUGCCACUCCUACUGCUGCUGCUGCUGCUGCUGCAACACCACCGACGGCAAACCUGUUCUGCUGGCGCCGCGGCAUAGCUUACAUCACAAGUAACGGCGUGUGGUUCACGCUGGAGAUGGUGCGCAAGUCCAACAGCUCUCGUUGCCUUCAGCUCCGCUCGUCGUCAAACUCCUUUGGCUGUCACCUGAUGGCACUAAUGGCCACUGCUGUUCACUGUUUGUUCCGUGAUUGGUUUCCACACUUGCUGAGCGGCAACGACUCCGUCAUGGCCACCGUGCAGAUGAUUAAUUGCGUGAAGUGCCAGCAUCGGCGCGAGGAGCACUUUGACCAGCGUGAGCAGCGCAGAGAAGCGCGCGCGGCACGCGAACGUCGAACGUCGUCCGUGGCGGCGGACAGUAGCGACAGUGGCAGCGUCAGUACCAUCAGCACUGGUGACUCGCGCGAACCGGAGUUCAGCUUUGGCCAGUGCAUCGAAGCGCUGAUGGAGUCGGACAGCAUAAAGUGCCGUCGCUGCCUUCAGAGCAUUCCUCUCAUCGAUCUCAUCCCAGAGGUCAUGCUCGUCCACGUGAAAUCUCAUCCGAUCGUCGAAUACGCCACACUUCUCGUGAGAGACCUGAAGCGCUGUUCAGACAGUAUCACUGAUGUCAGUGAAGGAAAUGGUAUCUACAACGGCGAACCGGUUGUGGUGCGGGUCUUCGCAACGGCUACCCCUCAAACGUUUGCCGUAGAGACGUUUGAUGAUGAGAUCGACAGGGCAUUGGAGGACGAGGCGGAAAUUCUUCCUCAGGAGCAGACGGAAGAGCAGGUGGUACUUGAGCGAGCCUACCAUCAGCUGCGACUUGAGAGCGUGGGCCUAUGCUCAGUCAAGCAUCCAAACAUGCUGCAGUGCCUGGCACUGUGCCUGCGACCGCCGGCGCUGGUGCUGCCCAUUUCCAAUUUCCAGCGCCUCAACGUCGUGCUGUUCAAUGAUCGGCAGGAACAGCGGCCGCCUAUCACACGCCUGUACCUGAUGCAUUGUGCCGCGCAGCUGUCCAGCGCACUGCGCUACAUACACAGCCUGCACAUAGCACACCUGGGUGUGAGCAGCUCUGCAGUGCUGGUGGCGUCAACUGACUUCAACGUGAAGCACACCGUCCAGCUAGGUAACGUGGCGAAUGGCAGCCGGGUUUGGCCUUCGGGUUCACGAGGUAUGCGCGGUGUUCCCGGCUAUCAGCCACCGGAGAUGUUACACCACAAUGGCGAACAGGAGUACGAUGGAAUUGCUGCGGAUAGUUAUGCGUUGGCAAUGGUCCUGUUUGAGAUGGUUGCCCGUGAGCCAGCCGUCACUAUCAACGAGCAGGACUUGAACGAGGAAGUGCUCAACGGUUGGCGACCACCCAUCAUGUCUGCAGCGCCAGCCAAGUGCGGCCUCCCAGCGAUGACAGCACUUGCGGUGAGAUGCUGGAGAUCAGACCCACCCAGUCGACCGAUUGCCAGCCGCUGUGAGGCCAUGCUGCGUGCUAUUGAUGCUAAUCUCCUGCUUGGCGGUGAUCUGAUGCACCCGAACACUGUUCCACGGCUGGCUGUGUACGCGCAACAAAAGGACCAGGUGUGGAUCUGCGAUGACAGCGGCGAGCAUGGCUGCUUGGUGACGGCAUUCGACGCACGUCGCCUCUCCAAGCUGGCCCUACACGAGGUUGCACAGGCCCGCGUGAUGGCCAUGUGCACUGUGAUGCCACCACGCCGUGAAGUGCCUUCAUCCCUACCAGCAAUGGGUAGCAACGUCGGUGGUGGCGGUAUAGGUCUGCCAGUGAUGAACGAGCAGAUCUGGCUGGCCCUGCUCAAUGGCUCCGUGCAGGUGAUUGACUGUACAAAGUACCACUGUAUCCGUGAGGUUAUGACACCUGAUGUAUGCAUUGCUUUGCACUCCUCACCCAACACCGUCUUCAUGGCACUGGCCAAUGGACGUGUGCUGGCCGUUCCUUCCAGCGAACCCAUACUCAGUGGCAAGCUGAACAUUGUUGCCGAGACGACGCUACGCCUCGGCUCUCUGCGCUCCAUGGUUCUGGUGGCCGGCAAGGAGCUGUGGUGCGCACACCAGAAUCGCGUUGUCUUCCUGGCCCUGCCCAGUCUUGAGCAUAUAGACACCUGGGAGUGCAGCACGGCCGGCAUGAUUUGUGACCUGGUCUACGACGAGGCACAUGGCAGAGUCUGGAGCUUCCUCUGGCGCACGCUUGAUCUGCUCUGCUGGCGUGCUGACAACAGAGACCUAGUGUUCAAAGUGAAUCUAGCCACUAUCGAGUUUGCUCCGGAGUGCAUGCGGACGGGAAAGUCUCGUGGCCCCGCUGGCACGGCUGUAGAUGAGACUGACGGAGGUGAUGGUGCAGAUGAUGAUGAUGGCGAUGAUGAUCAAACGAGAUCUCUGCCCACCUGUGUUCCGCAGGAUCUGCUGUCUCCCAAUUCCGACGAUGACAACAAAACGGAGCCGCUGCACAAUCAGAAGGUCUCGUUCCAAGCCAGCGUGACGGGCGACAAGCACAUUCAGCGUGUGCUGCCCGUGCAGGAUACACUCUGGAUCGGACUCGUCGACGGAUGCGUUCUCAUCUUGAAAGCCGACAGCCUGCAGCUGCUGGCCGUGCUCACGCCCCACCUGGAGGGAGUGCGGUGUCUGCUCAAAGUUCCCGCCAAGUAUGGUGCAUGCGGGGGCACCAGCAGCGGUGGGGUGGUGAUCACUGGCGGUCGCGGCCGUCAACCGGCCGUGCAGUAUCUGCUCAGCGCCGAAGAGGAGUGCCGUCUGCAGGCCAUGGUCGAGGAGGACAGAAAGUGGCCCGGCUCGCAGACAACCAGCCUGCCCAGCAGUCAUCUUGGCAGCAUACAUGACGCCAGCACUGGAGCUCUACUGCUCUGGGAGGCGGUGUCGUCCGAGACCCUCAUCACGCUGCAGCAACGACAGUUAGAGGCUACUAGCACAAUCUACUGAUCGCGACGCUUUGUCGUCAAAUACAUGCCGUGAUCCUUCUUAUUCUAUCAUUCGUCUCUGCUGGUGCAUGUGCAAGGAUGACAACAAUGCAGUUCAUUCGCCGUGCCAUUCAGCAGAGCAGCAUGCUCCCUGGAGGUAACUUGUUUGCUGUGCUCUCAUGUCUAGAAGACCCAUAUCACUUGCACUUGACUCAAUUUGUUGCACUAGACUGAAUUGUCACUUACUGCACUGCUCUGCACCAUUCACACUGUACAUAUGACGCCCGCUCUCGUAACUCUUCCCUUCCCUCUCUUCUCUGCACUAAACUGGUCAGAGGCCAGCGUGGCCUGCCCAGUUACCAUAGUAACAUACCUGACACGAGCAUAUUGUACAUGUUACUGUACAUACGAACACUGACAUCUGGCACUGUCGUUUUGCAGCAGCUUAUCAAUUCUGCCACCACAACAUACAUCCGCCAUCUCCUGCCUAUUGAUACAUUGUGAUAGUGGCAUGCCAGAGUGCUGCUUUGCUAGUAUUCCCAUUCUUAUGGGCAUGUUCCACUGCCAUAUUUAUCGACUUUCACGGUCUCUGCCCUUUCUUAUAUUCUUUUUUUUAUGAAAUUUUGACAAAACGAACUCCAUAUUUCAAUUUUGAAGUCACACGUGACUGCCUCUUAUUUUGACCUCUAUUUCCUUGAGCACAUCUACACUGAUACCGUUACAUUAUCUGAUUUCCCGUGAUCACCGAAUUGCCCGGGUGAAUUUCUUAUCUGUUUCUGACUCGUGAUGAUUUAUUUCACUUGCACUGAUCAUUCGAGUAAUACGAAUGGACUGUCAAUGCUUAGAUGUCCAUGUCACUUGUGUGCAAACUAGGACAUUUGAAGAUUUCA